AUGAAACCAUCGGCCUCUUUGGAUACUUGGAGGGGCUAUUUUCAUCGAGGAGAUUCUGAUAUCUUUGGGAUCAUCGAGCAUGCCAUUAUGGUCGCUGCCACUGAUUCCCCAGUGGAGCUCAAAUCCAGGAGAGACGCAAUCAUCGAGCUUCUCUUGAGAUAUGACCAGCCCGAUCUGUCUAAAGCUGGUGACAAAGAGACCAACAAUAGCCGUAAGACCGUGGAGACAGAUGAUGGUGGUCAUGAAGAAGAUGAGGCGAAAUUGAACGUUAAUCAAAUUGUUGAUGAGGUCAUGAGGAUCAAAGAUAUCUUGUUGAACAAACAUGUUGAGCCAUCUGUGUUAUUCAAAUCCCUGACAAAGCUUGCCUCCAUGUCUAUCAGCCUGGAUCUUAUUAAGGGUAGUGAAAUCGGAAAGGCUGUUAAUCGCUUGAGGAAACAUGGUUCCGAUAAUAUUAGCAAACUUGCAAAGACUCUUAUUAAAAAGUGGAAAGAGAUGGUGGACCAAUUGUUAAACAUACCUAAGGAAGUUGCUGGUAAUAGCUCUCCCUUUAUGUAG